AUGGGCAACCAAAUAUCCAAGAUGAUGGGCAAGAUCUUCGGAUCAAGAGAAAUGCGACUGCUGAUGCUCGGGCUUGAUGCUGCUGGGAAAACAACAAUUCUAUACAAAUUGAAACUGAACCAGGACGUCACAACCAUCCCCACAGUAGGCUUCAACGUCGAGACCGUGACCUACAAGAACGUCAAGUUCAAUGUCUGGGAUGUAGGCGGACAGGACAAGAUUCGGCCGCUCUGGCGACACUACUUCUCUGGCACACAAGGUCUGAUAUUCGUGAUUGACUCCAACGACCGAGCACGUAUCGACGAAGCCAGACAAGAACUCCACAGGAUCAUUCUGGAUCGAGAAAUGAAAGAGGCGCUAUUGCUGGUCUUUGCAAACAAACAAGAUAUCCCAGGCUCCAUGACCCCUACUGAGGUGACUGAGAAGCUGCGACUGGGCCAACUCAAGGAUCGGACUUGGUACGUGGUGCCCAGCUGCGCGACCACAGGAGAAGGACUGCUCGAGGGGUUGAGCUGGCUCUCGACAAAUGUCAAAGCCCAACCAAGGCCCGCGCCCACCAAAUAA